AUGACUGAUCCCACGAUAGAUUUCCAUAUACAAACGCAUCAACCUCAGCUCAACAUUCCCACUCAACUAAUCAGAAAGAACUUCAAACUGAUUCAGAAACUUAUCGAAAAGCAAAAGAAACAAACUGGUGAUGAAAUAGCCAAAAUUAAAAAGAAUGUUAACUUGCCAAAGAAAAUUCAACUUGAAAUGGUAAGAAAGCUGAUUAGCAACUAUGAAACUUUUCAAAAGAAGUUGCAAGCAUUGAUAAAAAAGGAUGAGGAAUUCCGAUCACGGUUGGUUGCUCGAUUGGAGAACAUACUGCAAUUGAGCAAGUAUAGUGAUACCCUGGACAUGCUCAAUUUUCACAAUCAAAAUUUAAUCAAUUGGUAUCGAAAUGAGACCAAUUUGCUCAUCGUUGACUAUCUAAUCAAAUCCAAUACCAAUGAAGAGAAUCUUGGUUACAAAUUACUUGAAUCAUUGUCCAAAACCAAUCCAAAGAUAAGCAAACUAAUUGACUAUGAUUUGUAUCUCGAUUACAACAAGGUCUACUUAUCAAUCACAAGAGCUCAUGAUUUAUUGUUGAUAAUCAACUGGUUCAAUGAUAACAAAGCCUCUCUCAAAAAGAUCAAUUCGAAUCUUGAAUUUGAAAUCAAUUAUUGCAAGUACCUAACCUUGAUUGAGAGUGGCGAUGUUAAUGAAGCGAUAAAGUUUUCACAGGAUAAUUUAUCAAGUUACGGCAACAAGGACAACUAUUCAAAUGAAGAGAUGAACAAUUAUAAACUCAACCUGGAACGAUUAAAAGGAUUAGGUGGAUUAUUAGUUUACCGAUCAAUGGACAACUCUUUUACCAAUAUGUUGUUUUCAAAUAAGCUCAUGUUUCAAUCGCAACCAUACCGUGAAUAUGAGAAACUACUAUCCAACGAGCGAUGGGAAAACCUAGGCCAUUGUUUUAUUGAUAACUUCAUCAAGCUAUAUGGUAUAACAACAAAUUACCCGCUAUUUGUGUAUUUGUCAUCUGGGUUAUCCAGUCUAAAGACAAAAUCAUGUUACCACAAUACCGAAAACACUGUUUUCAAAGAUGCUACACCAUUAGAGAUACCCAACAAAGCCUCCCCUGCCGUUCCAACACUAAUAUCAUCAGCAAACUUCAUGUCGUAUACUCCACCUGUGACUCCAUUAACGGUACGUAAAUACAGAGGUCCAGAUUACUACUAUAAACUCCUCCACAAAGUGAAUAACUGCCCCGUUUGCUCCCCGGAAAUGUAUCAGUUAAGUAGAAACCUACCAUUUGCACAAUUAAUCACAAGCAUCUUUAAUAAUCCAUUUCGCCUACCUAAUGGCAACAUCUACCCGUUUGAUAAAUUGUUGUCCCUGAAUGGGGAAUACCUAUCAGAGCAAAGUACAUUAUUACGACAAGGGCAGGUGAAAGAUCCGUUAACCCAGGAGGUAUUCUUUAUAGAUAAUUGUAUACGCGUGUUUCCCGCAUAA